ACAGUAUAAGUUGUAUCGCCCACUGAAAACCACUUAAAACAGCUGCAACAUCUGCUGUUCCUUCAAAACUUACCACAUUUGCAUCGAUCUUAAGCCAAUAUGGCUUGUAGCAGACCACCAUAUUGGCUUACACUCCUCUUGAUUCACGUUUUACUAACAUGUUCACUGGUUUUAUCCGACGAAGAGGAUGGUAAAAAGCUACUGAAGUUCAAAAACUCACUCCUCAAUACGGAAGGUCUAAGCAACUGGAAUAUUACUUCCGCACCAUGCAACAGUAAACCACAAAACUGGACAGGGGUGAUCUGUAAUGAUGAUGGAAGUGUGUUCGGGUUACAGCUUGAGAACAUGGGUUUAGGUGGGAAUAUAGACAUGGAUACAUUGGCUGAGGUAACGAGUAUUCGAACGUUAAGUUUCAUGAAUAAUAACUUUGAGGGCACGAUGCCUAACGUACAGAAGAUUGGCCCGUUGCGUGGGGUUUUCCUCUCAUAUAACAAGUUUUCUGGAGAUAUAAGUGGCGAUGCGUUUUCUGGGAUGAGCGGGUUGAGGAAAGUCGAACUGGCGAAUAAUGAUUUCACGGGUAAAAUUCCGAUAUCGCUUACACAGUUGCCGCUUCUUGUGGAUUUGCAGCUUCAAAAUAACAAGUUUGAAGGAGAAAUACCAGAUUUUGAUCAGAAAGAUUUGAAAGUGAACUUUGCAAACAAUAGACUUGAAGGUUCUGUACCUCAGGGGCUCGGAAACCAGGAUCCAAGCUCAUUUGCAGGAAAUAACGUUUGUGGAAAACCUCUUGGCUCAUGUAAGAUAAAGAAACGAAACACUCUAAAGAUCAUCAUCAUCGCUAUUGUGUCCCUGGUUGCAGUGUUGGCUGCCAUUGUUAUAGCCAUGUUCCUCUUUCGUGCCCAAAAGAGAGGCAAAAACGAAUACAGAAACCAAAUCAAGAAGACCGACAGAAACAAUACUUAUAAGGCCAAUCCAAACGAGAUCCAGAUGCACAACCAGAAAGAGAUAUACAAGAGAACCGACAACGGUGGGAAGCUUCACUUUGUGAGGACGGAUAGAGAAAGAUUCGAGUUGGAAGACCUUCUACGAGCCUCUGCUGAUGUGUUAGGAAGUGGGAGUUUUGGAUCUUCGUACAAAGCAAUGAUUUUGGACGGGCCAGCCAUGGUUGUCAAGAGGUUCAAAGAAAUGAGUAAUGUGAGAAAAGAAGACUUCCAUGCACAUAUGAGAUUGCUAGGAAGCUUGUCACACCCUAAUUUGCUGCCUCUUGUGGCUUUUUACUACAAGAAAGAUGAGAAGCUUUUGAUCACUGAUUUUGCUGUAAAUGGUAGCUUGGCUAGUCAUCUUCAUGUUAAACGGAAACCUGAUGAACCAGGAUUGGAUUGGGCAACACGAUUAAAGAUAAUCAAGGGCGUAGCAAGAGGGCUUGAUUAUCUCUACCAGGAGCUUCCUCGCCUAUCACUACCUCAUGGUCACCUAAAAUCAUCGAAUGUACUUCUUGACGAUGCUUAUAAUCCCCUUUUAGCAGACUAUGCUCUAGUUCCCCUAAUCAACAAAGAACACGCACAACAACUGAUGGUGGCCUACAAGUCGCCGGAAUUCACCCAACAUGGCCGGACGACAAAAAAGACAGAUGUCUGGUGCUUUGGGAUCUUGAUUCUGGAGAUGCUGACUGGGAAGUUUCCCGCGAACUAUUUAGAACAAGGAAAGGGAGGUAAACCGGAUUUGGGGACAUGGGUGAACUCUGUGGUGAGGGAAGAGUGGACCGGCGAGGUGUUUGAUAAGGAGAUGAAAGGGACAAAGAACGGCGAAGGUGAGAUGUUGAAGUUGUUGAAAAUUGGGAUGUGCUGCUGUGAAUGGGAUAUUACGAGGAGGUGGGAUCUUAAAGAGGUUAUGGAGAAGAUAGAGGAGUUGAAGGAGAGGGAAGAAGAUGAAGAGUAUUCUUCUUAUGCAAGUGAAGGAGAUGCAAACUCUUCAAGAGCCAUGGAUGAUGAUAAUUUCUCUUUCUCAGUUACCAGUUAAUUUCAUAUAUAUAUAUAUAUAUAUAUAUACACACACACACACUGAAGCAUUCAAGCAGACAGGUCUUCAUAAUGUUAUCUGGUUUCGGAAGUAAACAAGAUGGAGAUAAGAUAGGAAAAAGUGGGAAGAGAUUGUUCUACACAACGUCUGUGUCAUUUAUGUGAUUCUGUUGAUCAAUUCCACAAAUUAUUUUUUUGAAAAGAGAUAAUAAAGAUAUGUGAAUUAAAUAAAUAUAUAUAAUAAAAGAAUGAUGUAUU